GAGGGGCAUUAACACGAGGGACCGUCGCGCGUUUCGAUCGUGUGCGAGUGCGCGUGCUGCUGUGUCCGUGCUUACGUACGUGUCUCUCUUUCUCUCUCUGUUUUGUACGCGCGUCCCGUGCUGGAUAUCAACCCCGAUUGGGGAUCGGUCGUCAACACCGUCUCCGACGUUUGACCGACGUCGCGGUGGUUUGCGUGCGGGAUGGAGAAAGAAUAAACAUGGUGGUGUGGUGUGAGAGCGCGACGGAAAGGGCGACGUGAGAUCGAGCGAGACUGACGGACGGAUAGGAUAGAUAGACGGAGAGGGGAAGAGUCUCGCGAGGACGUGAGAGAGCGAGAGGAAGAGAGACGGCGGCGGCGGCGGCGGCGGUGGUGGCGGCAGUGUGGCAGCGAUCGGCCACCAGUCAGUACGCCAGAAGCGACGAAUUCGAUCGGCGCUUCCUUUGUCCGCGCUUCGGAAGAGAAAGAAAGAGAGAGUAAGUCGCAGAGCGAGACACGCGGAUCGUUUCGACGAUACGACGACGUUUCUCGCACAACCGUCGAGAAGUUGCCUGCGAGUUUACAUCGUCGACCGACGCGAUUUUCAUGCGCGCUGUCAACGACCAGCUGUCCGGCAGCCAAGUGUCAACUGGGACUCCCGCCGCGUCGAGCCGCGACGUUACUAAUCGGCGAACGACGACGACGACGUCGCGGUACAUGGUGUUAUGUCGUCGUCGACCGAGAACCGCGUGAUUCGUCGGUGCCGGUGACGAAAAGCGCGCGUUCCCGAAGGAGAGAGGACGGUUAGGAUGUGAGAAAUGUGGAAAGUAUACCGUGGAGAAAGAAAGAGACGGAUGAAGGGAAGAAGGGAAAAUUAAUUGGUAAACGAUUUACACAUAUAUACAGUCAUUUGGAUAUCUACUAAAAAAGAAGGAAGAGAAGAGGAGGAUACGUACAUCGCUCGAGACUAUAACCCGGCUUUCGCCUCGCGAGUGCGAACAAGUGCGUACGUUGGUGAUCGAGAGCGACAGAUACAUCGACGGAGCGGAGGAUACAAUUUAUAUCGCGGAUACGUACUCGUCGACGAGAGAAGCAGCGGGAUCAGGUGAUCGGAUCGAAAAGGAGAAUCAAUCGACAACAAUGAUAAUAGGAUCGGCGAGUGGCGAAGACCCGGUGAAUAGACUUCCCGAGGGUAUUUUCGGGCGCUGACGAACGAAACGGGAUGGAACAGCAGCGGCACGGCAACAGCGACUGCGGCAGAGUCGUCAAACUCGCGACGGCCCCGUGCCAAUAACCUCCGUGUAACCAGUCGGAGGUUGGUUAGCCGCUUCCUCGCACGGCGAUGAUGCGUUCGCCCCCGUCGCGCGCGACAGAUCGUAAAAUUAGAAGACGUUCGGAGGCCCGCGCGAGCGAAGCCGAGAAGAAGGACGUCGCGAGCGAGCGACGACGACGUCGCGAUCGUCGAAGGAGAAAAGGUCCGGAUGGUGGUCAUCGGGUGAUAAUAUUCGACGCGCGGGAUUCCCGCUGGCGGAUCGACGUGUGUGACAGUGUGCGUGACAAAAGUGCGGUUCCAUAGUUCCUCCUCUCUCUCUCUCUCUCUCUCUCUCCCCCCCUUCGCUUCUUCGUUCGCGGCUUCCUUUCCGUCUGCGCGAGUACGCGAGGAUCGCCGCCUUCGUGUUCGAGAGUCGCGACGUCGUGCUGAUCGUCGACCGGAGGAGAUAUCGGUCGAUUAAACACGAACCCGUGAUCUUAACUCGCCGUUCGUCGAAGCGCGCGCGCGAGUGAAACUUCUCUAGUCCGUUGCAUUUACGUGUGCGAGGAUCUCUCGCCGAGAUUCCCGGGAAUAUAAUUGGAGGAAUUGAUUUCGUAUCCAGCAGUACACCACGUGCGAUUCAUUCUGACGAGUCAUUUCUGAUGCAAUUCGCCCCUCGUCGUUUCCCGGGAGCAGCGAGUCGCACAUUCCCGUCCGGAAGCUGGGCAUUUUCCGGCUUUGUUCAAAACGAGACUGACCCGUCGUGCACGGUUCCUUUAGUCGAUUAUAUAAUUUAUUUAAACCGCGCGAUCGGGACGUAGAGCCUUAUCUCGAAGCCGUCGUCGUCCUAACGGAGCAGUAUGUCUCUCAUCGAGUCUGGGCUAUUAUUCUUCGACACGUCCGGCGAAAGAGCGAGGAAACGCGUUGCGGAAAACGCGCACCGCGCGUGAAUUAGUUCGCGUAUCAUCCCGAUGACGAGGCUCGACAAGGACAGACAGAGCGGACGCGAACAAAUGGACACCAAUGAUUAGCUUGGCUCUAUCGGCGGCGGUAAGCAGGAUCGAGAUGCCCCUCUCCAAAUCGAAUCCGUUCGUGCCGGCGAGCGCGAUCUCGACGCAGCCGUACAUCUCGAGCAGCGAGAGCAGCAACCAUCUGCCGCCGAUCAUCAAAGGUACCGGGUUGAAGCAGACCGGUGGCGGCGGCGGUGGCGGCGACGACGAGUUCGUGCCUUACACGGCCACUUAUCAGAAACUAUCGUGGAAAGGCGAGGGCUUCUGGCCCGUGAGCCACAACUCCAGCCACAACUCGCACUCGCAGCCCAACAGCCAGUCGAGCAGUCCGGUGGUGAGAAACGGUCGUUCCGAUGGCAACUCCAAUAGCGGUAGUGGACGCGGUGGCGGCGCCGGUGGCGGAGGCGAGGGCGGUGGUGGCGGUAGCGGAAGCGUUGGUGGUAGCGGCACCGGCGGCGGUGGAAACGGCGGUAACGGCAGCAACAGCAUCGUCAGCGUUAAACCGAAGACGGCGACCAUCACGCCGGAGAUGGUGAUGAAGCUGUACAUGAACAAGCUGACCCCGUACGAGCAUCACGAGAUUUUCAAUUACCAGCAGAUCUACUUCAUCGGCGCGAAUGCGAAGAAACGGCCGGGCAUCAUCGGCCGGCCCAACAACAACGAGUACGACAACGAACAGGGCUCGUACAUCCAUGUGCCACACGAUCACGUGGCGUAUCGCUAUGAAGUGCUGCGCGUGAUCGGCAAGGGCUCGUUUGGCCAGGUGGUCAAGGCCUACGAUCACAAAACGCACGAGCACGUGGCGCUCAAGAUGGUGCGCAACGAGAAGCGCUUCCACCGUCAAGCGCACGAGGAGAUACGCAUAUUGCGUAAGUUGCGCGAGCAGGACAAGGACAACACCAUGAACAUCAUUCAUAUGUUCGACUCGUUUACCUUUCGCUGUCACAUGUGCAUCACAUUCGAGCUGCUCAGCAUCAAUUUGUAUGAGCUCAUCAAGAAGAACAACUUCAAGGGCUUCAGUUUGCAACUCGUGCGUAAGUUCUCGCACUCGCUGCUCCUCUGCCUGGAUGCCCUCUACAAGAACAAGAUUAUACACUGCGACAUGAAGCCGGAGAACGUGUUGCUCAAACAACAGGGUCGCAGCGGCAUCAAGGUGAUAGAUUUCGGUUCGAGCUGCUAUGAAAAUCAACGGGUAUAUACUUACAUCCAGAGUCGCUUUUACCGAGCACCGGAGGUAAUACUGGGUGCAAGAUAUGGUAUGCCGAUCGAUAUGUGGAGCCUUGGUUGCAUCCUGGCGGAGCUGUUUACCGGCUUCCCGCUGCUGCCGGGCGAGGACGAGGCGGACCAGCUGGCGUGUAUCAUCGAGAUGCUGGGCAUGCCGCCGCAGCGGCUGCUACAGAACUCGAAAAGGUCGCGCCAGUUCAUCAGCUCGAAGGGCUACCCGAAGUACUGCACCGCGACGGCGAUGCCGGACGGAACGACAGUGCUAAGCGGGGGUCUGUCGAGACGAGGGAAGCUACGUGGUCCGCCGGGCUCGCACGAUCUCGAGCGCGCCCUCAAGGGCUGCGAUGACAUGCUGUUCCUGGACUUUUUAAGACGUUGUCUCGUGUGGGAGCCGGAAUACCGGAUGACGCCCAACAAGGCACUCAGGCAUCCGUGGCUACGCCGUCGACUGCCGAGGCCGCCGGGCGAUAAGAACGAUACGCUACCGGCGGUUACGUCGGCGCAGCCCGCGACCACUGGCGGACCCACCUUAAGGACGUCCGCGUCCGGCAGCAGGAGUUCUAGCAAGACCAACAGUCUGCAGAGUGGCAAUAACACCAACGACGACAUCGCCACGAGCAAGACGACGGGCCAGCAAAGGGGAAACCGCUUGGUAGAGGACGUAGUGUCUACUUAUGUGGGUUAUUCAUCGUACGGCGCGUCCCAACUGCACGGUAGUACUUGGGGCACGACGGGAGGACUGAGCAGUGGCCACCAAUCGCUCAAUUCCAUCAGUGGUGGCGGUGGUGGCGGUGGCGGCAGAAGUUCCUCCAGUAAGGCUAACUGUCUGCAGAGUGGCAAUAACACCAGCGACGAUAUUGCCACGAGCAAAACGACCGGCCAGCAAAGAGGAAACCGCUUAGUGGAGGACGUGGUGUCCAAUUAUGCGGGCUACUCGUCGUAUGGCGCCUCCCAAUUGCAUGGUAGCACUUGGGGUACAGCGGGAGGAGGACUGAGCAGCGGUCAUCAAUCGCUCAAUUCCGUAAGUAGCAGGAGCUCCAGCAAAACCAAUAGCCAGUUGCAAGGCGGUAACAAUGCGGCAACCGGCGAUAUCCCCGCGAGCAAAACCGACCGCCAGCAGCAGAGAGAGCGCACGAGCGAAUUGCCGGUAACGAUCUUUGAUUCUUACCCCAUCGGAUCUUACGGUUGUCUAUCCGAGUCGCAAUUACACGGGAAUCAUCGAGCGAACCAGAGCAGCAGUCAUCAAUCGCUCAAUUCCGUCGACGGCGCGACGACCGGGAAGUCGCAGCGCGCUCGUCAGUCGCAUCAAACGCAACAACAACAGCACAAUAAUAACGGCACGUCUCAUGACAAUUACGGCUCUCACGGCUCCUCGAGCGGCUUCAGCCGGGUGGUAUUGGCACUUCAUCCGGCGGUCCAGGAGAGUUUCGAGGAGUUGAGACGAUAGGCCGAGAUGCGAGACCACCCUUUCUCCCUUCUUCGACUCAUCCGCUCAUUGCCGUCCUCGGCGCUAUUCUUAACGAGUAAUUCCUAUCCAACGAUCGCGCGGUUUCCUCAUAGAUAAAAAGAAUACGCAAGGAUAAGGAUGAUCCGGUAUCGGUUAACCGACGUAAAACUCGGCUGUGGUUUGCUGCCUGCCGUUCGGACGACAUUUAAUCUGUAUCGCCUCUUUGACUUAAUGUCGAGGAUUACUCAAGAUCGAGAGGAAGGGUGGUCCUCUCAUCAACGAUCUCGGAUUCACCGCUGUGAUUCACGUUGCGUUUCUACAAUCGCCGAUGUGACUAGUUGUAGAUGGGAUGUGAAAUAGUUAUAAUCUGGCGAGAUCAUGAGAGACCCGUUCUAUGAAGUGUGUCGUGCGAAAAAAAUAUAGUAAUAAAUGUCCUCUUGAAACCCGCGUUGAACAUUUGGUCGAAUUACCCGAGUCUGAAAUACUAUUCCGAAAAGGAAUAACGAUCGUGAAAAUCUCAAUUGAACGAAAGAAAUAACGGUGAUUUGAAAAUAAACGAAAAGUUUCGUCUAAGUAAGGGAUAAUAAAGUCAAGGCCAGUAUAAGCUUUUAAAUACUUAUGAUAUUUAUGUAAUUCCAUAUUUGCAAUAUUCUACUUUCUGCAGUCGUAAAUUAUGUUCUCAAUAGCGGAACUAUAAUUUUCAUUUUUACUCAAGUUCGCCUUGAAAAAUUAACAAAACGUAUUUUUUUAAUUUUCGGAACAAUUAAUUUUUAUUAAAAUGUUGUACAAAAUUAAACAAUCGCAAUAAAAAUUAAUAUAAAUUAUAUACACAUACCAUAGGAUUGCUAUAAUUUAUAUGAUUUUAACGUAAUUAGAUGUUUUAUUCUGUUUCAUAGGAAUAUAUUUAAUCUUUUAUACGUUACAUUAUAUAAAUAAAACACAAAACAAUAGAUUUGCAUAAUAUUUCUAGUAUAAUCUUAAAAGAAAUAUUAACUUGUGACUGAGAAUUUGAGUAAAGAUCGAAACAGAGUUUCACUAUCGAGAACAAAUUUUGUGAUUAUCAAAAAUCGCAUACUGCAAAUAUUGGAUCAAAAACAACAGUGCUUAAAAGUUUAUAUUAUAUCUUUGAUAUCUUUACUUAGAUUUUCCUAAGAAAAUGAGCCAAUCAUUACAAAAAGACUCAAUUUUGCGGAUUUUUCGCUGGCGUUAUAACGGUUUCACUUAUUUCGUUGUGUAAGGUUUGGUACCUUGAAUCGUACCGACGUCGCUUCGCGUUGCUUUUUGAUCCACUCGUUACAGGAUUUAUUUCUGCUGUUAUUGCUUUCGGUGAAAACAUGUGGUUGCCUCGGUGGAAGGCGAAUUUUCGCUACGACAAUAUCUCGAGGACUCUAUUGAAAUGUCCGAGAAAUUAUCGGAAUAAUAAUAAAAUAUAAAACGAAUCAAUGUGUACAAUUGUUUCAAAGUGUUGUUGUCGAAUCCUUUGCGUACGGAAUAUACAGUGGACUCAUAGGAUGCAAUACUUUCUUUCUGAUGAAUUUCGGAAGCAAAAAUAACGAGAGACAAUACUUGAUGAUAAUUCGAAAUACUCAUUUAUGCUCGUUCCCUCGACUGCAUUUCGCAACGUUGUUUGUCCGAUAAAACAUAAUGUCGGAUAUUUAAAACAGUAAAUCUGUUUUGUUAAGUAUAAGAAAUCGCGACUAAUUGAUGAGACGCACAAAUACAGAGAUGUAUGUAAUUACUGUUAAACUUACGAUGCGAGAUAUACGAAUCAUUUUCAUUCCUACUUGCAACAUCAUAUUUUUUCAGCGAACCGACGCGACUGAUUACACCGAGAUAAGACAAUGACGAUAUCGAACAGAAUCGCCAAUUCUGAUAUAUAUUAACAUAUAAACCCCGAUUUAUAAUUAAUGCCCAAUUGUCAUCACGAUUAUUUAUCAUUACUAAACAUCUUGAUAAUUAAUGUGCCAAGGGAACCCGGAUGAUUCGAUGGGACGUACGUGGUACAGUUAGAUAUAUCAACACGGUGCGUCGCGACGCCGCUGGCGAGGUAAACAGAUAUAGCGACUCGCUCGCGAGAGAUGCAAUCUAAUAACGGGGUGGCACAUGCUCAACUGAAUAGCGUAAUUUGGAUCAUAAGAUUGACUUAGAUCACAAAAGGCGCGAAAAGGGAUGCUGAUUUUCCGCGCGUCAUCAGUUUAUAAAUGUUUCUUUUGAUAUCGCGAGUCAUGUGAUUUUGUGAGGAAAAUAUAUCAUUAUGUCAUUAGCAUGUCCAAUUCGCUAUAAACUUGAUAAAAGGCCAAUUUGAGUGAAAACUAUAAAUCGCAAGAUUUGUGGGUUCGAUCAAUUGAAUCAUUUACGAAUAUUAUUAAGAAUGUUCUACAAAUAUAGAAAAGAAUCGCGAUACAUUUAUAUUUUGUAACUUUUGUUUUGUAAAUUUUAUGUACAUUUUUUUUUUGUAUUUUACGCGAGUUUAAUUAUCAUUGUAUUAGUAUAUUUACCUUAAUUAGACGCAUAUGAUUUAAAUAUUUACAUUCUUUCAAUUGUUGGAAUGAAUAAAAACAUUCGAUGUUUUUUUUAUGAUGCACGCAAUUACUAUAAUUAAUUGCGUAUUUUAAAUUGCGCGUUAGACUUUUAUUAGCCUUUUUCUUGCUAUUGUGAUUAAAAACACGAUGUGGAGCUGUGCGACUUUCUGUAUCAAAUUUCUCAUUAUACGAAUCCACAAUUGCGAAACUUGAGCGAAUAUUCGGCUUGCCGCGAGACAUUUGUGAUGAAUUAUAUAAGUGCUUGUUAGAGAGUUUCAACCGAUUCUAAAUUUCGGUCAGUUUUGAAGCGUAUUUCAUUAAAAGCGAGAUCUCAUUGCGAGAAAAUUUUCACUGUCGAUUAAUAGGAGUGAAACGUCGGGGAAAUAUAUAUUUACGUGACUAUGCGUAUAUAGUUCGCUUACAUUUAUCCGCGAUAAACUGCGUGACGCACAAUUUACGACGAAGAGGUCGCGCAUGGGGUUUAUUAACUUGGCGCUUCUCGUCUCCGUCUGGACUAACUGGAUUAAUUUCCCUCUGCAUUCUCUUCUCGGCGCUUAUUAUUCACGCGCUAUGUGCAUUAAAUCGGAACGAAAACGACUCGGUUUCUUUCCCUCGCGCGGUUACCGCCCACGGUAAAAAUUUUCUUUUUUCGCGUAUCAUCCGUCUUUCAUGUUCUUUUCUCCCGCAGGUACAUUUGAUUGAGUUUUACAAGUCACGUCUUUACAGCGGAAAAUCCGGUUUAAAGAACGCGUAACAAAAAACCACGUCCGAAAAUGAAAGGAAUUUUCUUGCUCAUACGCGCGGAUUAAAAGAUUUGAAUGUCCUGUGACUUUAGUUCCGCGCUAUUAUCGAUAUUUUAUAGAUCUGAUAAUAAACGGAUGGUUUAUGUAUAUAUAAAAUUGAGAAAUAAGCUUUUAUAAUUAUUUUCAAAGAAAAGAAUGCGAUGUAGCGCAAUAUAUGAAUAAUUUUUAUAUAAAAGUUAUUUUUAAAUAUAUAUAUGUAUAUAUAAAAUGGUAUCAACUUACGUAUCAAUGGUAAUUAGAAUUAUAAAUGGUAAAUUGUAAUUGCGAAACGGAGAACUUUUUAAAUUGUUACAUUUAUUUAAGAAAGAAGUGACUUUAAAAUAUUGUUCCUAAGAUAGAUCAUAUCUACCUUAGAGACAUAUUUUCAGAAUCAAGACUCGUUUUACUGUGUAUGACUAUUUUAAUGAAAAAUCUAAGCAAUGAUAUUUAAAUAUUUAUUUAUAUAGAUAUACAAAGACAAAACGCAACUCGCUUCUGUUUGAUAUCGGUAAUCGAUUCUUUCCUAUAUAAUUCCAUUCAAGUAUAAAUAUAUCGCUGCGCUCACAACGCAGAAUAAUUAAUAUGCAUCAUUUGUUCUUGGAUAGCAUCCUUCAUUAAACGUUAAACGCGCCUUAAUUAUCACUUCUUAUCUUACCAUUGUCAUUGAUUUUUCCCGAGUUAUUUCAAGCGCUACUUUGUGGUCGAUUGUUUAGUCAUCGAGCAAUUUGUACACCAGAGUAGCUUUCAGAGCGAUAACAUACGGGUUUGCGAACAAUGCAAGUACGCGUCUCGCGAUGACUCCGGUGAUGCAAAACCGCUAAAUUUAGUCGGACAAAACGUGCGUGGCGAACAGUCGUAAGAAUUGAGAGCGUGGAUGAGUGACGAGAUGACGACGAAGGUAAAACGCGACGAAAAAAAAAAAAAUAAUAUAGAAAAGGGCGAAAAGGGUGUCGAUGCAACGGCAAUGACAGCAGCGACGAAGUCGAUUAAGUUCGAGAAGGAUGAGCGAUCGGCGGCGGUUAUAAAAAAAUCGUGAUAGACCGAACGGCAUGUCUUUGUGAUAUGGAAUUUAGGCGUAUUGGGAUUUAUACUAACGAAUGUAGAUAAAUAUAUACAUGUGUGUGUAAAGUACCAUAUUAUAUACGAGAUGUAUCGAAUGAUGAGUUUGUAAAGUGCGAUGUAGCUUAAUCCUGUCGUAGGUAGGAAUACUAACGCGAAAAUAUCGAUGCCCUCUACUCUUUCACUCUAUCGGUGUACGAGGAACGAGUAUCGAUGCAAUACCUUCUCCAAAGGUAUCGGUAUAUUUAUAUAAAUAUAUCGCUUCAGAUAUCCUUAUAAAUAAUACAAACAUUAUUUAUAAGGGAUAUAAGUGGGCCUUUUACGUUUUACGGUCGAUACUUGGCCUCUUUUCGAUGACCGAGUGAAUAAAAAUACUGGAUAUCGAUUCAGCUUUGAGUAUCCGGUCCAAUGAUGCGUUGGAAAACACGAGACGAUGUUUGUGACAGGGAUUUCAAGUCUGGAUUUUCUUGAUCUUAAAUUGAUUCUAAACGCGAAUGAAUCACAUCCGAUUAUUUUGUAUUUGUAUUUAGCAUGCAGUAAUAAUAGUAUAUAGUCCUAUUAAUUUUUCAGCAAUAUUAUUUUGUAGAUUUUCAGUUCGUCCGUAACAAUAACAAUUAUGUCGGACAUCGAGAUUAUCGCAUCGCGCAAUUUGCAUUUGAAAAAGUUAAUCACGUCGAAAGAUAAUGACUGGCCGUGAAAGUGUUAACCGGCGCUUCUCACUAAAUCCUAGAAAAGUAAAACCGUAAUCCGUCGUUGCUCCGCCGAGUCCCAAAAGUCGAUCGAAAAAGAACAACACGUAUUGAUCGGUCUCGACGAUCAGCGCGUGCAAUAUUUGGACGAUAAUUUGCUGCGCCGAGAUCGGACUAUCACUGCCGAUAAUUUGUUAGGUAGGCGCCACGCUUUUUUUACAAGCUGGCUCAUUUAUGCAUUUACCUAGUCUCCAUUUCCCCAUUUGUCGCGAAUUUUAACAUGUGGAGUGCCGGCGACGAUUUGCUAAUGUUGCAUGCAAAGAAAUUACUAUUAUACAUCUAGUAAGAUUGCAUUCGCGAAUGCGCUUAAGUGUACAUUGUGUAAUAAAUAAAAUAGUGUAAUAAUAUACUACUAUUAAUUUAGUAGUACUAUUAAAAAAAUAUUGUAUAUACAUAAAUAUCUCUUGGCGAUAAUUAGAGAUAAAUUUUUUCGAAAAAACAAAUAAUAUUUAGAUACCUGUAUAUUUUAUGAUUGCUUAUAAAAAUUUCGGACAGUAACUGAAGAUAAUAAACGAUUAUUCAACAAAGGACUCUGACUCGUAAUAAUUAUCUGGCAUAAUUUUAUAUUCAGUUUCAAACUUAUAUCAUUAUUUCUUGCAGUAAAUAUGGGCGUUUUUCGUAUUAUUAUAUUCUUGUUAAAUAUAGAUCGUAUUUUGAUUGUUGUCGGAUGAUUAUAUUACAUUUAAGCAGCAGUCGUAACGAAAUCGAAUCUUUUUUCUGCUGGAAAAAAUGGUAUGUUGGAAUUACGAUAUACGUGUUAACGGACGUAAAAUACUGUGAGUUUGUGUUUUCCGAUUACAGAAACGUUACAUGUUUCUGUAAUCCAAACACAUACCCUGACAAAAUUUAAUCAACAAUAUUCAACGUUGCGGCGUUGAAUGCGGCACUCGACGUGUUAACUAAUCACUAUUUCUUAAUUUAUCUCCUCACUAUUUUAAUGUGAUUCACGUUUACAACACUCCCGGUUGCCUAUGCAACUUCGCGACACAAAAGCCACUCGCCAAUUGUCAUCGACUGAUCUCGAGGAAGAUUGCGUAAAGUCUGUUCUUUGGGAGAGCUGCACGAGAUAAUAAUCGACCUUUCCUAUUUUUCUCGUCUUUCUGCUUCUGGAUUUAAGAUCCGACGCUUUCUCUCGCUAUUUACGCAACGCAUUCUGUGACAUCAACAAGAUAAAUCCUAGAUUUAUAACGCUCGAUAUAAGCACGAAUGAUUUCCGAUUUAGAGCUGUAUGUUCCGAUUAUUUGCAAUGUUUCGGAGAUUUCUCAUAAUGUAAAAAGACGCACGGAUCAUUUCCGUUGCACUUGUGUAAAAUUCACGGUGAUCUUAUUCCUUUUAAUCCUCACAAACGAUGUUUCUUUAAUAUCUUUAAUUUAUAAAUUAUCUUAGAAAUAUCGCGCGUUAUACAUAUUUGCUGAUUGCCUCUUCAAUUAUUUUAGUUGAGCGCAGAUUUAAAAGAAGCUGAUGUGCAUGGGUGUGCUGAUGUAAGUGUGACAGAUGAGAGAAAAACGCAUGUUUUUGAUAUAGAGUAUCCAGGUAAAGUACAGCGAUAAAACAGAAUCCAUAUACUAGUAACAUAUCGUACAAUACUAGUAUAUUAAUCCUAUGGGACUUCUAUAAAAGUUCGUCUGUCAAACGCGAGCUCGAUACGUAUUGUCGUUUUUGAAUUAGGAACGACAAAUAGCUUUAUUAAUAUACGUACAUUCGAAUAUACAUGUCGUGUACAUUGCUACUUUGUGGAUUAUAAUUAAAAAAAAAAAAAAAAA